AAGGGAAAAUGAAAACGCCUGCAAUUUUAUUACUCCUAUUCUUAUUUAUGAUGAGUUUGGCACAAAGUGAUGAGGAACAAAGUGGAAAGGAACCUCCCGAAAAAGAUGAUGUUCUAGUUAUUCUGGCAGAAGACAAUUCGACACUAUUAAACAAUAACCAAACAAUGUAUGACCCUUCUUCCGAAGAAAAAGAAAGUGACAAACCAAAAUUCAAUUUAUUGGAGACAUAUUUACCACUUUUCAUAUUUGUACUCGAUCUACCAACAGAGGAUAGAGAAACUUUGAAAGCCUAUGUAAAAGAUAAAACUUAUGAAAAACUGAAAUAUGUAAUCGAUUCAAAAGUUAAAAUGAAUCGAAAUGAGAAAAAUGUCUUAGGAAGAAUCAAUGAAUCCUUGGUACAAUCAAUCGAUAAUUUGGAACAUUUUGAUGAGAUUACUGUAGAUGUGGUGAAUGGUUAUCACAAUGCCUCCGUAUACAACGCAAUCCGUUCAGUUUGGUUGAAACAAUUACGUCCAUUUCUGCCGCUAAUUGAUCAAAUGGCCAUUCAGCAGUAUUUUGCACAAAGAAAAUCUUCUGAAACUGAGAAAAUGUCAAUUUGGGCAAGAUUAUGGGAAAAUCUGAGUGUUUGGAUGUAUGGAAAGAAAAAAUUAAACGAAUGUUAUGCAAUGGAGCCAAAAUGUGUUCGACACGCAUUGGAAUUGCUUAAUUUUGAACAAAGGAUUGAUUUGGAUUUAGCUGCUUAUGAGAACAAGUUUGACAGUGUUGAUGGAAUUAUUAGGGAAAGACUUGGCGAAAAUCGGAAAAGCAGUGAACUCGACGAAUGGUUGCACAGAAAUCGCCCACCAAAAGCGCUACAAGCUAUUUUAGAUGAGCGAAGUGACAUUGAGGAGGAAGCUCUUCAACGCCUUCGAGAUAACGGAGUUCUGAGCUCACUCAAACAUUAUUACAAAGCAGUUAUAGAGUCAAGAAGUCAUGAAGAGCAAGAGGACAUUCGUCAUUUCUUCGACAUAAUGAAUGACACAUUUGCUCGUUGCUUUGACCCACUACGAGGCCAGUAUCAUGAUUUCUAGAAAAACCCUCUUUUUGACUUCUUCCUCCAUUUGUUUUCAGUCUCAUUUAAAGUUGGAGUGGCAUCGGAAUAUUUUUUUUGACUAUUCAUAUGGUGCGUAGAAACAUUUUUUUCCAAUUUUUUUCGAAAUUCGUUGUCGGAAGCUGGGAAUUCUCAGCUUUUGUGAACAAUACUUUUGGUAUUUGGAAAUUGGUUUUUUAAAAAGUGUUUCAUAACAGUACAUUAUUUGGUUGGAAAACCUAAAUAUUCCAAAGACAUGCCAAUUUACCGAAUCUAAACAUUUCAAAAAGUUUAUUAUGAUAUUUUGCCACGUAAACUUUUAUGAAUAUUAAAAAAAAAUCCCCCACUGACGCUGCUCCAGCUUUAAAAUCUCAAACUCUUGCCACUUUGAAUGCAUAUUUGUUCCCUCUUCCUCUCAUUCUAUUGUUACGUGUAUUUUGAAUUUAAUUUCCUGUUUCAUGUUUUUAGUUUGAAUAAAACAUUGUU